AUGAAAGAACGGCCUGCGCACUCAGCGCUCACGACCUGCACUGUUCUGGGCUUUGGCGCUUUUUUGGUGCUUCCGUCGGUGGCCUUCUUUGCGGUACCAAGUGAAGUCGGCAUCCGCACCGAUGAGAAGGGGAGCUGCGAAAGGCUAUUCGGCCUUCCAAGCGCGAACGCCAGCUGUGCGACUUUCGGAGGCUGUCAUCGCUUCUGUCCGGCAAACGCGUGCCAGUGCACGUCUCAGUGCAUGAACUACGGGAACUGCUGCCCAGACUUCCUGCAUCACUGCCUCGAGGCCUCCAAGAAGCAGGAGGAGCUCCUGAAGGAGGAGGAGCACUUGAGUGAGAUCGAACACGGGCAGGGCAUCAACGGACCUGAGUGGAUGCUUUGCCUGGUGAUGAUCUCCUUCGUGCUGACCAUGAUGGGGCUUCUCUGCAUGGUGAACUCGCAAUCCGAUGCUGUGAAGGCGGCAGAGAAGCAGUUGAGCUGUACGACGGUGUCCAUCUUCGCCGCCUCCACCUUCAGCAUCGCACUGCAUGGCGUCUUGAUCGAACAGCUCUGGAUGGGCAAGAGCCCCGGGCUGAACCGGAGCGCCGGGCCGCUGGUUCAGGCGCGCAUCUACGGCUUCCUGAGCGUGGCCUUCUACGUCUUCUCCAGCUGCCUCGUCUACUGGUGCCGGGACUCGCCGGGUGCCUUGUGCAAGCAGUGCCUGGAAGCGGAAGAGGAGCGCUGUGGAACCACAAGCUGGACCAAGAAGCUCCUCCACGCCGACAUGAAGCACUGGUCCUUUGCCGUGGCUCAGCUCUCAGGGCACAUCACGGCCUUCCUCCUGAUUCGAGCUUUUGGCUCUCUACAGCAGAGCAUGAAAGCAUCCAGCUUGAAGUGCUAUCUGGUGCUGCCCUGGGCUGCAAUGGUCCUUCGAGCGGCGCUCCUUCUUGCGAAGCUGGCACGCUCCCGAUGCAUUCAGGAGGUGGAUGUCAGGUGGCAGAAGGAGGAUGAAGGCGAGUAUCUCUACUUCGGUGAAACAGAGAGCGAAAUGAUCGAGCGGCAGUACAAAGCUCAUCUGACGGCGGAUGCCCACGUCUAUAGUCCUCUGGUGCCCGAAGGGCAUGACGCCUCAACGAUCCGCUUUGAACAACCCGAGCUGGCCGAGUUCUGCAUCUCGGAGUACUGGGAAAUCACGCGGUUCUUUCAUCAUGAGCAGGAGGAGAAGGAGAACGAGCUGACCUCGUGGACAAGUCUAGGAAGCUUGUGUUCAAACAGGCCGGAAGCUGAUGGGGGUCGAGAUCUUCUGAAUGGGGAUCCAGUGGCUCGAAAGGAGGGCCCCCAGAGGGUCCGGAGGUUCUGCCACUGGGAUCACGCAGCGCAUGAAGCUUCGCUUGAUGGUGCCACCCUCGUCAUGGGUUUCCUGAUACUACAGCUUGUCCUCUACUUCCACACGGGCAGCCUGAACCCCAUCGAGGGACUUGUGGUGAAGCCCGAUGACGCCUGGCUGGUCCUGUGGAUGGGUCUCUGGAGCCUCGGAUUCCUUCUCGUGGUGGCCGUCGUCUCCUGCGCCGAGCGCUACAUGACGAGAACCUUCAUGCCAACGAACUUCGAGUUCAUCCGCGGCACGUCCUCCGCAGCCAUGGGCUGGUGCUUGGUCCAUGCCUUCGCGGUCUUUGCGAGACGCUCGAGCACCUGGAUGGACACCUACAUCUUUGUGGCCUUCCCGCUGACGUGGCUGGGCUUCAUCGUGACGGGGGUCCUCCACUCCUGUACCAGGGACCUCCGAUGCUGCCGACACGAGGCUGCUAGCGUUGCUGAUGCCUUCGGCAUCGCCAUUGGCCUGGCCUGGGACAAGGCUUUCGAGUCGGUGAUCGUGCUGUCCACGCAGGGCUGGAACGGGCAUUAUGUGAUGUCCAAAAUCAUCCUCGCCACGGUCGUCCUCUUUGCCGUGGUCCCGCCCUGGUUCUGGUACCUGGUGCCACGGGCCGAAGAGCGCGAGGGCCACGGGGAGAUUGUGAGGCUUUAA